AUGUAUUCCAAUGAAGACGAUGAUGAUGAUUCUCUACACAGUGACUCAAAACACGAUACUGCCGUAGCUGAUACCGACGGAUCCAGCAGAAAAAAGCGACAACAGAUUUCUGACUCGGACGAUGAUGAAGGUGAAGAUAUCUCGCGUCCAUUUGGAUCAAGACCAGAGAUAUAUAGUGAUGACGAUGACGAAGACGAAGAUGAUGAAGAAGGAGAGAUGACAGAGGCCGAUAAGAAAUUUAUUGCAUCUGACGACGAAGAUGCAGAUGCUGAAGAAGGUAGUGAUAGUGAUCGUGCGAAACGUCGUCGUCGACAUAGACGGAAACGUGCUCGAAAAGAACGUCAAGCAGUUGAAGCUCGAGUAGUAGAAGGCGAUGAGGCAUUGUCUGAUGAUGAAUUGGAUCUGAUUAAAGAAAAUAUGGGAGACACAUCCUUCAACUUUAAACGGCUUCGAAAAAAGGCGGAUGAAUUCAAAAACAAUGUGGAUUACAUAUUCGAUGAUGACGAAGAUAUAGCCACCUCUAUGGGAACCGAGACUGUUUCUACUCGCAAACGGGGUGAUGAUGGGUUUCGCGAUGAAGAUGAUCUUGCAGAUUUUAUUAUUGAAGACGAUGAUCUCGAUGGUCCAGAAGAACCCGACGAAGUCCGACAGGAAAAAAUCCGUCGGAGACGAGAGCGACAGGAGUUUGCUAAAAAUAUUGGAACUGGGUACGGCAUUUCGGAUGAGUCGUGGAAUGAUAUUCAGGAGCUUUUUGGUGACGGCGGUGACUAUGCAUAUGCAUUGCAUCCAGACGAAAUUGAACAUGAUGAGGGUGAAGAGGACGAUGAAUUUUUAAUGGAGUCGCAGCAGCGCAAACUAAAGAAUGUUCGGCUUUCAGACGUAUAUGAGCCAUCAGAAAUUGCAAGCAAGAUGCUUACAGAAGACGAUGAUCGUAUUCGUAACCGAGAUAUUCCUGAGAGAUAUCAGUUGCUUGAUCAAGUCUCUACGCUUGACGAUGCAGAACUGGCCUCUGAGGCUACUUUUAUUACUCGUCUGUUGGUAAAAGAGCGACAAAAUAGCCAGACACCAGUGACAAACGAAGCACUUUUGCUUUCUGCAGUUACGCACCUUGUUCGGUUUAUUCGUCGAGAUUUGUUUGAAGUGCCGUUUAUCUAUAUGUACAGAAAGGACUACUUUGAUGGAAUUUUAGACUUGCCAGACUUGUGGCGCAUCGUUGAUCUUAAUACUCAGUUUCUUGGUAUUGAGUCUAAAAAAAGGGCAGUCUUGUCUCUCAUUAAUGACAUUUUAAAGAUUGACGAUCGCAUCAAUUCUGAUAUAUAUAUCCGAACUUUUGUUGAUCGCUUAAACUCGUUUGAUGAUGUACAAGACGCCAUCAACUAUCUGCAGUUGACGUACUGUAUUGAGCUAGAUGCACACCAAAAUACCCUUCAAAAGCGUCGUCUUUUCAAGCGCGUUGCCUGGCGUCGUGACUAUGAGGAUGCUAAAAAGAACAACAUUGGAGGUCUUGUGAAUCUAUUUAAUGUGAAUAUCCAACAGUAUUCGGCGUCAAUGACUACACAGCAGUCGCUUCAUCUUCCCGAGGACCAUCACGAAUCCCCUCUGGUUGCUGCUUCUCAAUUUGUUUCUCCUAGAUUUCCUGACCCCGAGUCAGCACUUGCUGCUGCUCGUCUUGUUAUUGGUCAAGAUAUUGCUGCCUAUCCCCAGCUACGUGCUUUUAUUCGCCGGGUAUACUUUGUGGAUGCUGUUAUUGAUGUUUUGCCCACGGAAAGAGGAAAGCGCGAGAUUGUGCCUCACCACCCAUACUACCACUUUAAAUAUCUGAAGGAGAAGCCUAAAUUUAGCUUUACUGAUGGCCAAUUUUUACAGAUUAUGACUGCCGAAAGUGAAGGACUUGUCGUAGUGUCCGUUAGAGUAGAAGAGGAGCCGCGCUUGCUUGCAGAUAUUAUGAAGUAUAUUUGUAACGAUUAUGUUAAUGAUCUUGCCGAAGAAUGGAAUACACAGCGUCGUAUGAUUGCAGAAUAUGCCGCAAAACAAGUCAUUUUCCCGUUGUGUUCCAAAUGGCUCAAGGAGCAGCUUUUGGUCUCAGCUAUUGAAUGGACUGCGCUCAAGUGCCAAGAAAAACUGGAGAGAUGGGUAUCCAUGUCUCCGUAUAGACCAGCACAAUCGAGUGAUGAUGUGCAUAGUUACGAUGAUGUGGCACCCGUUGUACUUUCUAUUACAUGGGGAGAAGGAGACCGAAGCUCGCCUACUUUUGCUGCAAUUAUUGGUGAAAACGGUCAGUUGUCUGAGUAUCUUAAGCUUGAUAAGCUAAACGAUCGCGAGCGUGGCAAUGAUUUGAAUAUGCUCAUUGAUCUUGCCGCUCGAUUUCGACCUGCCGUGGUUGUUGUCGGAGGCUUGAAACCCAACACUCAAACACAGCUUCUUCGGUUGCUUGAAGAAACAAUCACUGCUGCUGAAGUGCAAGGCAAACUUAAAGAAAACAUUCCUGUCAUGAUAGUAGAAGAUGAAGUAGCACGUAUCUAUAUGCAUUCUAAGCGUGCAGAGUUGGAGUUUCCUAUCAAAGACUAUCCUCAGCUUAUUCGAUACUGUGUGUCUUUGGGACGUAGAGUGCAAGAUCCUACUCAGGAAUUUGCCGGUCUUUUCAAUGUAAAUGAGGACUACAAGAGCUUGCGUAUUCACCCGCUGCAAAACUUGCUUCCGGAUUUGAAACGCAAAACAGUUUUAGAGCGCGCACUCAUGAAUGCCGUCAGUUUAUGCGGUGUUGAUAUUAAUGCCGCCGCCAGCAACUCCAAUCUUGCUCAUACUUUGCAGUUUGUCAGCGGUCUUGGUCCACGAAAAUCACAAGCAAUUAUUUCCAAGAUCAUUCGCUCAGGUGGAAAAUUGGAGUCUCGUGCAGAUCUUAUUCGCAAGAAUUUAUGUGCAGCCAAGGUGUUUAUCAACUGCGCGUCAUUUUUACGAAUUCGCUCCAAGCACUUUCGCCAGUCGUUUAGUGAUUCAGUUAUUGAUGUAUUGGAUGACACUCGUGUGCAUCCUGAAGAUUAUGAUCUUGCAAGAAAAAUGGCAGCAGAUGCUCUUGAUUUGGAUGAUACUGCCUUGGAUGAGGAUGAUACUCCUUCACAGCACGUUGCCGAGUUGAUGGAGUCUGGCGAUGCGGAUCGUCUCAACCAGCUUUUGCUUGAUGAUUAUGCAAUUGAGCUUGAGCGUCGUAUUCACCAGCCAAAAUUAAUAUGUUUGAACGAGAUUCGAAAGGAAUUGAUUCAUCCAUAUCAAGAGCGUCGUCAACAAUUCCAACCCGCUUCUUAUGACGAAAUCUUUUCCAUGCUAACUGGAGAAUCUGACGAUACUUUAUAUGAAGGUCUAAUUACCUCGGGGCAUAUUGUGAUUAUUAAAGAUCGAUUUUUGUUUUGUCGUCUUUCCUCUGGAUUGGAAGGCAUGGUACAUGCCAAGAAUCUUGAUAUUCCACAUGGUCAUCAAUCACUUACUGAGCUGUUUCAAAUCAACAUGUCCAUUCCAGUUUGUGUGGUGGGAGUGAACAAGGAGCGAAUGACGGUUGAACUAUCUGGUCGCGUUGAAAGCAAUGCUACUAUGGACGAAGGCAAUAUCAAGCGAGAUCAAUAUUUCAACGCUGCGCAAGAACACGAUGAUAUCGCUGCGUCAAAAGCCAUCAAGUAUCUGGCAAAACCAAAAAAACAAGUGCGUGUUAUACAGCACCCAUUUUUCAAAAACAUGGAUUAUCGUGCUGCUGAAGAAUAUCUAUCUACUCGACCACGUGGUGAAGUUGUGGUUCGACCUUCUACUCGUGGCAAUGAUCACAUCUCCAUUACGUGGAAGGUGGACGAUGGUCUAUACCAGCAUGUUGAUGUUCUUGAGCUUGAAAAGGAAAACGAAUGGGCACUGGGAAAGGUGUUGCGUAUUGACAAGCAGGCAUUCACUGAAAUUGAUCAAAUUAUUGCCGAGUAUAUUGAGCCUAUGACGCGUCGUAUUGCACAAGUAAUGAACCACGAUAAAUUCAAGCGCAAAUCUCUAGAUGAUAUGUUUGUAUAUGUAUCUGAACAAAUGGCGGUUCUAAAGCGAUCUGCUUAUGGAUUCAUUGUUGUUCCUCACAAGCCUGGCAUGUUUUAUCUUGUAUUUCGACAUCCGCAAAAUCGACCGCAUCAUGACUAUGUCAUAGUUCAACCCGAUGGAUUGCUUUUUCGCAAGGUCAAGUUUCAGUCUAUUGAUGAUCUUCUUGCAUAUUUUAAAAAAACGGAGGCAGAACGUUCUACUUCAGUCAAAUCUCGAGGGGUUGCGCCGUCUACCCAUCACCUUGCUACAGGAGUUGGCAUGCACAUGAAUCCCCAACGACAACAGCAAUACCAACAACAACAGCAGCAGCAGCAACAGCCCUAUCAGAAACAACAUGUAUCUUCUCGCCAACCUCCGGUAGGCGGAAGCCGAUCUAGUAAACCAAACCCAAAUAUGACAUCUUUGUCAAAUAUACGGUCAGUGCCAAUACAGCAUGGUACUGGACAACACGUAGACUCUAGAGGUCCUUCUUGGGGCGAUCAAUAUACUGGAAAUAGUGGCACAUUGAAUGGAGGCUAUCGUGGACAGUCGAGCAGUAAUGGUCGUGAACCUCGACAGGAAUCUUCAUGGGGUGAGCCUGAUGGCAUGGCACGAGGGCCACCACUCAAGCCCCAUUGGGAUCAGCGACAAGAUGACUUUCAUGGAGCACAACGCGGAGGCAAGUCGGAUCAGUUUCAAAAAGGAUCAUCUAGAGAUUUUCGUGGAUCACAGCCCUAUGGAAAUUCAAGAUCUGCACCACAGGAACCGUCUUGGGGUGGGGUGCAUGAUGUUCAUAAUGAGCGGUUAGGUGGAACCUCGGGAACCUCAAAAUUGAAUUCAAAGGAUUUGUCGUGGGGUGAGCCAGACGAUACGGUUCGUAGACCACCACCCAGCUCUUCAUGGAAUGAGACGCAAGAUCCAUCUCAGGAAAAUCGAAAGAUCAUACCACAAGGGGACACGUGGGGAGAAUAUGCACCACAGCAGACGCAACAUACUGAUGGUUGGUGAUUGAAAUUUCAAAUGAUUAAAUAAAGCGAAUUUGGGUUUU